ACAUUUUAUCCCACCACCACCAUUUCCCAUUGUUUUCCCAGCUCCUCCCAAACCCCAGAAAUUGGAAAGAAAAAGAAAAAAAACAAAACAAAAAUAUGAGUAACACAAGCCUUGGUCUGUCCCCAAAUUCGUUAAUUCAGUUGAAAAUCCCACCCAAAUUUCGCGCCAGAAAUUGCCGCACGAAUUUCUCAGCAGUCUCAGCUCGUCUUGACAAUUCCAAAAGCAACUCAGCAGAACCACAACUCAAUCUCUCCGUCCUCCGCUUCACACUAGGAAUACCUGGGCUUGACGAAUCCUACUUACCCAGAUGGAUUGGAUAUGGGUUUGGUUCGCUUUUGAUUUUGAACCAUUUUGCUGGUUCCAUUUCACCCGCCAGCACAACCCCGGCUCAGCUUAGAACAGAGGCUUUGGGUCUAUCUCUGGCUGCAUUUUCCAUAGCACUUCCCUAUCUAGGAAGAUUUCUCAAGGGUGCUACUCCAAUGGAUCAAACUAGCAUCCCACGAGGGUGUGAGCAAAUGUUUGUGAUAUCACAAAAUGUCUCAAAUACUCAGAAGGAGGACUUGGCGUGGGCUACGUACAUCUUGUUGCGCAAUACAAACACCAUAGCCGUGAUAAUAUCAAUUCGAAAUGAAUUAUGCGUGCGCGGCUACUGGAACAUACCAGAUGAUGUAUCAAAAACCAAUGUACUUGGUUGGUUUGAGAAACAGAUUAAAAGCAUUGGUCUUUCUGACGUGAAGGAAACCCUAUACCUUUCCCAGAUUGAAGAUUCUGGACUUUGGGAGAUGCUACCACAAGGGACUCGUUCUCUCCUUGUACAACCAAUUGUGCAAGUUCUGCCCUCAAGUGACAAUGAGAUUCAAAAAAGUGAAGGAUUUGUCUUGUUGGCUUCAAGCAUGAGGUAUGCAUAUGGUGAUAAAGAUAAAGCCUGGAUCGGAGCUCUUGCAAACAAAUUUAAAGGUAAGCGAUAAAAGAUAGAGCCUGUAUAGGAGCUCUCACAAAAAACAAAUAGAAAACUAAAAAUAGAAGAAGAAGAAGAAAAAGAAACCCGGAGGUAAAAGCGUAUGUGCAGCUUUGUAAAGAAUUGAACUUUUUAUUAUAAGGCAGCUUUUUUCGCUCAAUAUGUUUCUGCUGAUGCAUU